AUGUUUGUUUCCCGGGGAGAAGUACCUAAAUUAGAAGUACAAUGGUCUCCUGUUCACAAAAAUAAAUUUAUUACCUGGGGACCUGACAUUCGAAUGUAUGAAGUUCUAAACAAUACUAUUUCUGAGAGUUCUAAAAAUAGUGAAACUCCAAAAGGUUUAGUUUUGUCUUCUAAUACAACAGCUAAUUUAUUAGCAACAAGUACAAAUCAUCGUUAUGUGAAAUGUAUUGAUAUUUAUCCAAAACCAGAUUCUGAAAUUAUGUUGGCUAUUGGACAUGCCAAUGGCAAAGUAACUUUUUGUACUUUUGGUUUAGCAACUGUAAAUAAUACAUUAGCCGGUCUUGAACUAGGACCAAAUUCACGUUUUUCUCGACAAUGUAAUGCAAUCUCAUGGAAUCCAGUUAAUUAUAAUUUGUUAGCUUGUGGUUUGGAUAAACAUCGUUCUGAUCAAUGCUUACAAAUAUGGGAUGUAGAAAAAAGUCCAUUAAUAAAUGCUGAAUUAUCUCCUGGGAAACCUUUUGUUGAAUAUGGAACAGGUGAAAUUGCCCAUUCUUUAGCUUGGUUUAAUUCAUCUCCUCAUGUCUUAGCAGUCAGUUUCAAUAGUAAAAAUAUUCGUUGUAUUGAUAUUAGAGAUGCAUCAAAGUCAACAAAUAUAACACAAACUCGUGCAGUAUUUGGUAUUGAUAUAGCAGUGUACAAUAAUAACCAUAUUGUUUCAUACAGUGAUAAUAGUAUAGUUUUAUGGGACUCAAGACAUUUAGAAAAACCUGUUGUAACUUUAACACAAAGUAAAAGUGUUCUUAAAGUUCUAUGGUGUCCAACUAGGCAUAAUUUAUUGGGUUCAUUACAAAAAGAUACUAUGGCUAUAAGUUUACAUGAUAUGCAACAAAGCAUGGAAGAAACUGAACCUUCAGCGUUAGAGAGAACUGUGCAUCCUGGACAAGGGAAUAUACAUUUAGCUUCAUUUUCAUGGCAUCCAACUCAUGAAAAUAGAUUACUAGCUAUUUCUCAAACAGGUGUUUUAAAUGACUACUGUGUAUUUGAAAGAAUGACUUUGAAUUGGUCUACUACAUCAAAUAUAGCUUGGACUUAUGGGCAGCAUAAUCUUAAGUUUAUAAGUGAUAAAGACUUAGUUUACUCUUCUUUCGAAGAUAUUUCAACUAUUAUAAAAAUGCGUGCAUUUUCACAAUAUGGGAUUAAAGAUUUUUCAGAAAACUCUAAACUUGUAGAUGAUCCUAUCAUAAAAAAUGUUUGGUCAUGGUUGGAUUUAAAUAGAAAGAUAACAAGAGCUGGUAUUGUACCAACAACUCCAGAUGUACCAUUUCCAGGAAUAAAAACUGUUCUAGGUUUAGAUUCUGGAACUCUUAUGCACAAGUCAGAAUUAAAACAUGUUCAAUGGGUUGAUAUCCAAGGCACAGUAAAAACUUAUCGGAGUUCAGCAAGGGAUAAUGCAUUAUUUUUAUGUGAUUGGGGUUUUGAUCGUAAUAACGCAUUACACAUAUCUAAUGUACUCAGAAAAUUAGAAAAUGAAAAUGCUUAUACUAGAGCAGCCUCAAUUGCAAUUUUUAAUUUGCGAAUGCGUGAUGCUAUUGAAACAUUAAAUAAAGGUGCAAAUCAACAACCACAUUUAAGUAUGAUAGCCAUGGCUUUAUCAGGUUAUAGUCCUGAUAAGUAUAGCAUGUGGCGUGAAUUAUGUUCAAGAACUAGAGAAAAAUUAACUGAUCCAUAUUUAAGAGCUGCAUUUGCUUUUCUAACAUCUGAAACGGAUUCACAUGAUGCUGUUCUAAAUGAAGUUGGUAUACCAUUAGAAGACAGAAUUGCAUUUGCUUCCAUUUUUUUGUCUGAUGUAAAAUUAACUGAAUAUAUUAAUACAAUUACAAAUAAGUUAUUAGAUCAAGGGAAUUUAACUGCAAUUUUUUUAACCGGGUCAUCUCCUGAUUUAGUACCUUUAUUACAAAGGUAUUUAGAUAGUACGGGAGAUAUACAAACAGUUAGUAUAUUAGUUUUGAAAAUAAUUCCAAGUGAAAUUGUACAUGAACAUCCGGUUAUGAUGAAUUGGAUCAAUAGUUACAGAGAAAUAUUAGACCAAUGGCGAAUGUGGCAUAUAAGAGCCAAAUUUGAUAUAGCUCUUAAGGCUGUAAAACCACCUCCUCAAAAUGUAUUUUUAUCUUGUAAUUACUGUGGAAAAAAUAUUUGCCCAGCAACUGAUGAGAAAGAGAAAGAAAAUGAUAAAGAAAUAAAAAUACACAGAAUGAAAGAGCAAACAGAAAAUGGAUCUAAUAGUUUUAAAUUUACGUCAUGUCCUAAUUGUCAAAGUCCAUUACCAAGAUGUGCACUCUGUCUUGCACAUUUAGGCACUGCUAGUGCUAAAGUUCCAAUAAGAAAAACAUCUAGCAAACAAUUAACAUCUAACAGCUCAUAUGUGGUUACUGGGCAAAGUGUAAAUAGUUUUUCUUAUUGGUUUUCAUGGUGUCCAACUUGUAAUCAUGGUGGUCAUUCUAAUCAUAUUAGUGACUGGUUUAAGAAUCAUUUGGAAUGUCCAGUCGCUGAUUGUGUUUGUCGAUGUUACUCUUUGGAUUCAACAAGUCGUUAUUGUUCUGUAUAGACUACGAUUUCAAUUAAAAAUAUUGGUAGCAAAUUUUAGGAGAAGCAAUAAUAUAUAAAUAAAAUAAAAAAUAUAUCAACA